AUGCUCGUCUUGUUUGAGACCGCUGCAGGCUAUGCCAUUUUUAAAGUUCUUGAUGAAUCGAAACUGCAGCAGGUUGACAGUUUGUACAAGGAGUUUGAGACUCCUGAAAAGGCAAAUAAAAUUGUGAAACUUAAGCACUUUGAGAAGUUCCAGGACACAACUGAGGCCUUGGCAGCUGCCACUGCCCUUGUCGAGGGUAAAAUUGGUAAAAGUUUGAAGAAAGUGCUGAAGAGGGUGGUUGCCAAGGAAGCUCAUGAACAGUUAGCCAUCAGUGAUGCUAAAUUAGGUGGCGUCAUCAAAGAAAAGCUGGAUCUGAGUUGCAUCCACAGCCCUGCUGUUGCGGAACUCAUGAGGUGCAUUAGGAGCCAGAUGGAAGGCCUCAUCUCAGGACUUCCACCUAAGGAGAUAAGCGCAAUGUCUCUUGGACUGGCACACAGUCUUUCCCGUUACAAGCUGAAGUUCAGCCCGGACAAGGUGGACACCAUGAUUGUGCAGGCUAUAUCUCUGUUGGAUGACCUGGACAAGGAACUGAAUAAUUACAUCAUGCGCUGUAGAGAGUGGUAUGGUUGGCACUUCCCGGAGCUUGGGAAGGUUAUCACCGACAAUUUAGCCUACUGUAAGACAGUCUGCAAAAUAGGUGAUCGCACAAACGUGGCCAGCAGCGACCUAUCAGAAUUGCUCCCUGAAGAAAUUGAGGCAGAGGUAAAGUUGGCAGCAGAGAUCUCAAUGGGAACCGAAGUGUCGGAGCAGGACAUCAGCAACAUCCGUCACCUGUGUGAACAGGUGAUUGAGAUUACGGAUUACCGCUCUCAGCUUUAUGACUACCUGAAGAAUCGAAUGAUGGCUAUUGCUCCCAAUCUGACAGUGAUGGUGGGCGAGUUAGUUGGUGCUCGUCUCAUCUCACAUGCUGGCUCACUGUUGAAUCUGGCAAAGCACCCAGCCUCCACAGUUCAGAUCCUGGGUGCAGAAAAGGCACUGUUUCGGGCUCUUAAGACCCGCAAGGACACGCCUAAGUACGGUCUGAUCUACCACGCCUCUCUUGUGGGCCAAACAACUGCCAAGAACAAGGGCAAGAUCUCCAGAAUGUUGGCAGCCAAAACCUCCCUUGCCAUACGCUACGAUGCCCUUGGGGAGGACACCAACGCAGAAAUGGGCGCGGAGAACCGAGCCAAACUGGAGGCCAGAUUACGACAGUUGGAGGAGAAAGGAAUUCGAAGAAUCAGUGGAACAGGAAAAGCGAUGGCCAAGGCAGACAAAUACACGCACAAAAGUGAAGUGAAAUUAUAUGACCCCUCCGGUGAUUCUACAAUCCCCUCUACGUCAAAGAAGAGGAAGUUUGAAGAGAUGGAAGAGCAAGAAAAAGAGGCACCUUCAACACCUGUGAUGAAAGCCAAAAAGCCUAAAAAGGAACAAGUAUUGGAAGGUGAGACGUCCACAGUUACGGCUGAGGAGCCCCCCAAGAAAAAGAAGAAAAAGAAGAAGAGCAGUGCCGAAGAGCCACAAGAGGAGGAAGAGAGUGUUGAAGUGGCAGAGCAGGUACAACUUGUUCUGAGCAUCCCAACAGAGAAGAAGAAGAAGAAGAAAAAAAAGAUCAAGGAAGAGGAAGACUGA